UAUAUGUUCGCUCGUCGCUGUCAGGAGACAAGGCCACCUGUCGGGACCCAGAGAUACCAGCAGUUGGCCAAGAUUCAGUGCCGGUGUGGGAGAUGCUAGGCGCGGGGGUCGGCGCGCCGGGACCCGGCCUGUGUGCGUGGCCGCCGGUGGUGUUGCUGUUAUUGGGGGCAGUGUUGUCGGGCCACGCCGCCGGUUGCCCGGCCCGCUGUGACUGCUCUGCACCGGAGCGCUCGGUGGUUUGUCACCGCAAGCGGCUGAUGUCGGUGCCCGAGGGCAUCCCCACCGAGACACGGCUGCUCGACCUGAGCAAGAACCGCAUCAAGACGCUGGUCCAGGAUGAGUUCUCCGCCUUCCCGUUACUGGAGGAGCUGCAGCUGAAUGAGAAUGUCCUCUCUGCCGUGGAGCCCGGAGCCUUCAAUAACUUGCUCAACCUGCGCCUACUGGGUCUGCGCGGCAACCGGCUCAAACUCAUCCCUCUGGGGGUCUUCACUGGCCUCAACAAUCUCACCCAGCUGGACAUUAGCGAGAACAAGAUCGUCAUUCUGCUGGACUAUAUGUUCCAGGACUUGUCCAGCCUCCGGGCGCUGGAGGUUGGCGACAACGAGCUGGUCUAUAUCUCCCACCGAGCCUUCAGUGGUCUCCACAGCUUGGAGCGCCUGGCGCUAGAGAAAUGCAAUCUGACCGCUGUCCCCACUGAGGCUCUGAGCCACCUCCACAGCCUGGUCCAACUCCGCCUGCGUUCACUCAACAUCCACGCCAUCCACAACUACUCCUUCAAGCGCCUGUACCGCCUGAAGGUGUUAGAGGUGUCGGACUGGCCCUACCUGAACACGCUGACCCCCAACUGCCUGUACGGCCUCAACCUCACCUCCCUGACCAUCAGCAGCUGCAACCUGUCCUCUGUUCCCUACCUGGCCGUCAGACACCUGGUCUACCUGCGCUUCUUCAACCUGUCCUUCAACCCCAUCUCCACAGUGCAAGGCCACCUGUUGCAGGAGUUACUGCGGCUUCAGGAGAUCCACCUGGCCGGGGGCAGGUUGUCCACACUUGACCCCUACGCCUUCCGUGGCCUGAGCCACCUGCGGCUGCUCAACGUGUCGGCCAACGCGCUGACCACGCUGGAAGAGAGCGUCUUCCACUCGGUGGGGAACCUGGAGACCCUCAUCAUGGACCGCAACCCGCUGGCCUGCGACUGCCGCCUGCUAUGGAUCUUCCGCCGGCGUUGGAGGCUCAACUUCAACCGGGAACAGCCGGUGUGUGCGUCGCCGGAGAUGGUCCAAGGCAAAGAGUUCAAGGACUUCCCCGACGUGUUGCCGCCCAGCUACUUCACCUGUCGCCGGGCCCGUAUCCGUGACAAGGCGCCGCAGACGGUGCGGGUGGACGAGGGACAUACGGUACAUUUCCAAUGCCGGGCCGAUGGUGAUCCGGCCCCGGUCAUUCUGUGGCUGUCCCCCCGCAAGAGGCACAUCUCCGGCCGCAGCUCCGGCCGCCUCACCGUCUUCCCGGACGGGACAUUGGAGGUUCGCUACGCCCAGAUACAGGACAACGGGACCUACAUGUGUGUGGCCAUGAAUGCUGGCGGCAACGACACCACCAGCGCCCGGCUCCUGGUCCGUGGGUACUCGGCUCAAGGGAACAGAUCCCUCGGCUUCAUCACCAACCAGCCCAGUGAUGCCGCACACAACUCCACCCGCCCAUCCGUGCCUUUCCCCUUCGACAUCAAGACACUGAUCAUCGCCACCACCAUGGGCUUCAUCUCCUUCCUCGGGGUCGUUCUCUUCUGCCUGGUCUUGCUCUUCCUGUGGAGCCGCGGUAAAGGCAACACCAAACACAACAUCGAGAUCGAGUACGUGCCCAGGAAAUCUGACGCCGGCAUCGGGACCGCUGAUGCUCCCAGGAAAUUCAACAUGAAGAUGAUCUGACACUCUGCUCUCACCCGGAUCUGCCCCACAUAGCACACACGCACUUACACACACACACACACACACACACACUUACUCACACUCACACACACACACACACACACACUCAC